UCGCAGCACCAGGAGCCGCGCCGUCCCCGCCGCCGCUGGGACUCCCUCCCCGGGCAGAGAGGGGGAGAAUGACGGAGCUCCAGUCCGCCUUGCUACUGCGGAGACAGCUAGCAGAGCUCAACAAAAAUCCAGUGGAAGGCUUUUCAGCGGGCUUAAUAGAUGACAAUGAUCUUUAUCGAUGGGAAGUCCUUAUUAUUGGUCCUCCAGAUACACUAUAUGAAGGUGGUGUUUUCAAGGCUCAUCUUACUUUUCCAAAAGACUAUCCACUGAGGCCGCCAAAAAUGAAAUUCAUCACAGAAAUCUGGCAUCCGAAUGUUGACAAGAAUGGUGAUGUCUGCAUUUCAAUUCUUCAUGAGCCUGGAGAAGACAAAUAUGGCUAUGAAAAACCUGAGGAACGCUGGCUUCCCAUUCACACAGUGGAAACUAUAAUGAUUAGUGUUAUUUCUAUGCUGGCAGAUCCCAAUGGCGAUUCUCCUGCUAAUGUUGAUGCAGCGAAAGAAUGGAGAGAAGACAGAAAUGGAGAAUUUAAAAGAAAAGUUGCCCGCUGUGUAAGAAAAAGCCAAGAAACUGCUUUUGAGUGACACUUAUUCAGCAGCUAGUAGCUUCACUUUUUUCAGGGUCUCCAAUUGAGAAACAUGGCACUGUUUUUUUUCCUGCACUCUACCCACCUAUUGCUGGACUUCUGUUGUUACAAGUUGGCAAACACUGGCUGGAACUGGGCUGCAAUAAAACAUGCCAGUUAUCAAUGCUGACAAGAGCCUAACAAGUGCCAACACAAGAUGAUUACGCAUUUUGAAAUCUAAUGAACUGCUUUAACCUUCAGGAAGAAUUGUAAAGAUGUGUACAUAGCACAACAUGAUCCGGAUAAUAUAUAUACUGUUCAUGUACAUCCACAAAUACACAUUGUACCAAAUAAUGCUGUCUGUAGUUAGGAAUAGAAUCGUGUAAAUUCUAAAGAUUUUAGCAGGUUUCUCUCUCCCUAUUCAUUGUUUCCUAUCAGUUUUUAAAAAAAAAAAAAAAAACAACAACUUGUGAAGCAUGUCAAACUAAAACCAAUUAGGAUAAAGUUGUUUGGUUUUUUCCCAACUUUAAUUUUCCUUUGACCCACUGAGGCUUAAUUAAAAUCUCUUGCUUAUUAAAGCUUAGUAUCUCUCUUUUGGUUUUUGGAAAUGUGCUCCCUUUUAUUUCCCUCAUCAGAACUUAAAAUUUUCCUAAUUAAACCCUGAAAGGAUUUGCUAUCAAUUACUUGUGUCUUCUUUUUGAUGACCUUUGUAGUCUCAAAGGUGCUUUAUUUUUCUUCCCACACCUUUUUUUAACCCAAUUGCACAUACUUCUUGAAUUGGGUAUAGCAAUAAAACUGGCCAUGGAGCACCCUUGAGCAGCCUGCUGGAUUUUUAACUUCCAAGGGACUUGAGUGCUUUCAUUUGGAAGUUCAGUUGACUAAGUUAGUCCAAGAUAGGAAUGAGCUGCUUCUUAGGGGUGAUUUUUUUUUUUUUGCCUUUUUCAUUGCCUGUUUGUGGGGUGGGGUGUGUGUGGGGAGGCUGGUUUUUUUCUCAAGGUUGAAUUCAAGCAUGCACAGCUGUAGGCUUUCAAAUGACUAACUUCUGGGUUUGGUAUCAAAAAUAGUUUCCCUCCUUUUCCCUUUUCUCUCUUCUGUGGCCCUUCAUAUUCUUUGCCUUCUACUUCAGAAUUUUCCUCACCUAAUGUACAAAGAAAAUUGCGAUGUAUAUUUUCAUGUAAUUUGAUUUUUGGAAUUCUGUCACCUUCUGUAGUGAGUUCUUCCAAAAUAUAAUUUUUUCCAAUAAUAAUGUGUCAAACUGGCUGUCUUGAGUAUCUAAAUAGGAAGGGUAACUACAGUUGGAGCACAACUUACCUGAACAUCUUCAACAACAUAACAUCAGCAAACACUUGUUGAAUUGGAUAUACUGUAUUUAAUCUUGAAAUAAUUAAAAAGCAACGGAAACACACACCUUUCUUCCUAUUGGAACCAUCUUUGGUCCUCCAGUGAGCAAAUACUAAUCUCAGAGUAUCUGGUAACAAGAGUUUUCCAAGCCUACCUGAAAUACCUUUACUGAAGAAACUUUAUACAGGAAUUUGCAACUACUUGGCUGUUCUCUGCUCUGUCACAGGUUUACCACAGCUUUUAACAGCAGAGAGUAAUCCACUAAUAAGCAAGAGUUCCAGUGUUAGAGUCAUCUUAGAAGAAGCCUUCAGUACUAAUUUGCUUUGUUUCAGGUUGCUGUGCCACAUGCAUACACUAAAAGGUGUAUAUUACAGGUUUCUUGAGCGGUGGGCUGGGGUGGAAGGAGAUGACAGUUACUAGUGGCAAUACAGCCGUAUGGGAUGAAAAAGCCAUUUAGUAAGUGUAAGAUGACUUACAAGUAAAGGUAUUGCUUCCUCCUACAGGUGUUAUAGAUAACAUAAAUGUGUUUAAUGUCCACACUUACAUAUU